ACUGAAUAAAGUCAUGUAACAGAAAUAAAGAGACAGAUUAUCAGCCGGUCUUUCUCGAGUAUCUGUGUUCACUGGAUUAUUUAAUAAAUUACACACAUUGAAAUUGACGUUACCAGAAAUUCAUAAAACUUCCAAAAUGGCCCAGGAAAAUAUUGCAGUGACCAAUUUCCGUGAAUAUUUGCGAAUUAAGACGGUCCAUCCUGAACCAGAUUAUGAAAAUGCAAUUGUCUGGUUGAAGAAACAAGCGAUCGAUUUAGGUUUGGAAUUUCAUAUCGUGGAAUUUCCAAAACCCAACGAAUUUGCGGUUUGGUUAACCUGGCAGGGAAAAGAUGUCACGUUAAAGUCAGUCCUGCUGAAUUCGCAUAUUGAUGUGGUUCCGGUGGAUGCGACCAAAUGGACCUAUGAUCCUUUCGGUGCGGAAAAAGAUGCAAAUGGCAACAUAUUUGCGAGAGGGUCGCAGGACAUGAAAUGCGUCGGAGUCCAAUACUUGGAAGCCAUUCGUAACUUGAAAGCUCGAGGAGUCGUCCCUCUGAGAACGGUGCAUGUCUCCUUUGUUCCAGAUGAGGAGGUUGGCGGAUACAAAGGGAUGGCAUGUUUCGUCAAAUCGCCGGAAUUUGCAUCGUUGAACGUCGGUUUUGCGCUGGAUGAAGGGAUCGCAUCGCCGGACGAGAGUUUCCACGUGUUUUAUGGGGAGAGAGCGAUUUGGCAAUUUCGCAUGACCGCAAAAGGAAAGACGGGCCACGCUUCUAUCCUGCACGAGGACACGGCUGCCGAGAAAAUUCAUAAGAUAAUCAACAAGUUAUUGGGUCUUCGUGAAGUGGAGAAGGCGAGAUUGAAAUCCAACCCGAAUUUCGACUUGGGCGAUGUUACGUCUGUUAAUAUGACGAUGUUGUCGGGUGGACUCCAACCUAACGUCGUGCCACCCGAGUUGUCCGUCGUUUUCGACAUGAGAAUCACCCCCCACUGGAAAUUGGACGAUAUGAAGAAGAUGCUGGACGACUUGUGCAUCGAAGCUGGACCGGAAGUGUCUUACGAUUACAUUCAACAUUCCAACAUCAUCGCGCAGACGGCCCUGAAUGACUCGAACGUCUGGUGGACCACUUUCAAAUCGGUGACGGACAGUUUAAAGAUGCAACUGAAUAGCUCUAUAUUUCCGGCAAGCACGGAUAUUAUGUUUAUUCGAGAGCUUGAAAUUCCUGCCUUUGGCUUCUCCCCGAUGAACAAUACGCCCGUGCUGCUCCACGACCAUGACGAGUUCCUCAAUGAGACCGUGUUCCUCCGAGGCGUCGAAAUUUACGAGGCCAUCCUCGACAAAAUUGUCAACGUGACCAAGUCCGAUUCCACGCCUUGAUCCAUUAUUAAAUUCCUUUCCUAAAUACGUGUCCAUUUCAUUUUAUGCAUGAAAUAAAUCACGUAUGCAUAAAAAUUCCCAUAA